GACUGACGCAAGAGUAACAGAACACGAUCACUUGGUCGUCUCUCCCCUCUCCGUCCCCAGAACUCGUAUAGGGAGGGAGAAGACGAGGAGUGGGAGGGAGAUCGCAAGAUGGUGCUGUGGGUGUUCGGGUAUGGGUCUCUGAUAUGGAAGGCGGGGUUCCGCUACGACGAGAGGCGCGUCGGAUUUAUUAAGGGAUUCCGUAGGGUCUUCUACCAAGGUAGCACAGACCACAGAGGGACUCCCGAUUUCCCCGGAAGAACCGUCACUUUGGAACCCCUUCGCGGAGCAAUCUGUUGGGGAGUUGCAUACAAAGUUUCUGGUGAAGAAGAUCAGAGGAUUGCCCUAGAGCAUCUAGAAAUAAGGGAAAAGCAAUAUGACAUGAAGGUUUAUCUUGAAUUCUACACUGACCCGGCUUCUUCUACUCCAGCUAUCAAUCAUGUAAUGGUAUACAUAGGUUCAGCGGACAAGAAGGCCAACCAGAAUUAUUUGGGACCAGCAUCACUGGAUGAAAUGGCCAGACAAAUUGCCGAGGCUGAAGGUCCAUCUGGACCCAACAGGGAUUACCUUUUCCAACUUGAUGAUGCGCUAAAACAAAUCGGAUGUGAUGACACCCAUGUUAGGGAUCUUUCUAAUGCAGUUAGAAGAAUUCUCUCGACAAAAGCAGCAGCAUAAUUUGAAAAAGGGACAGAACAGCAUAGUUUCUGACUAAAGUUGAGCAAAA